AUGCCCCCGCGCGACAGGACCCAAGGCAACGGCACCGGCGGCACCGCGAAGAGCGUCGAGCACGACUACCACAUCAUCGAGCUCGUCGGCGAGGGUUCCUUCGGCAAGGUGUACAAGGCGCGACGAAAGUACACCGGCCAGAUCGUCGCCAUGAAGUUCAUCGCGAAGCACGGCAAGACGGACAAGGACAUCAAGUCGCUGCGACAGGAGAUCGAGAUCCUGCGAGGGCUCAGGCACGACAACAUCAUCGCCAUGGUGGACUCGUUCGAGACCAAAGCCGAGUUCUGCGUCGUCACCGAGUUUGCGCAGGGCGAGCUCUUCGAGAUCCUGGAAGACGACAAGUGCCUGCCGGAGGAUGAGGUGCGCGCCAUCGCCAGGCAGCUCGUCCGAGCCCUCCACUACCUUCACUCCAACCGCAUCAUCCACCGCGACAUGAAGCCGCAAAACAUCCUCAUCGGCAGCAGGCGCGUCGUCAAGCUCUGCGACUUUGGGUUCGCCAGGGCCAUGUCCAGCAACACCAUGGUGCUCACCAGCAUCAAAGGAACUCCGCUGUACAUGGCGCCCGAGCUCGUCCAGGAACAGCCGUACAACCACACCGUCGACUUGUGGUCCUUGGGCGUCAUCCUCUACGAGCUCUUCGUCGGUCAACCGCCGUUCUACACCAACUCCAUCUACUCCCUCAUCCAGAAGAUCGUCCGCGACGCCAUCGUGUGGCCGGAGAACAUGUCCCCGCAGUUCAGGUCCUUCCUCAAGGGUUUGCUCAACAAGCGACCGGGCGAGAGACUGGCGUGGCCGGACCUCUUGGACCACCCGUUCGUGCGAGACACCGCGAACGAC